CGUCAGCGGCGCGCGACGUGCUAUGCCGAAUAAAUGCGGUGGCGCCCGUCGUAGGGACACUGGUCCUGAGCGCUUGGGAGCUCGGACGUUUGCCGGCGUAGCGGCCCGCGCCUGAGCCCGCCUUUGCUCUUCGCUGUGGCAUGGCGGACGAGGGGAAGUCGUACAGCGAGCACGAUGAUGAACGUGUUAAUUUCCCUCAAAGAAGGAAGAAAGGCCGGGGUCCCUUCCGGUGGAAAUAUGGUGAAGGAAACCGUAGGUCUGGAAGAGGUGGUUCUAGUAUUCGGUCUUCCCGCCUUGAAGAAGAUGAUGGAGAUGUGGCAAUGAGUGAUGCCCAAGAUGGUCCACGAGUAAGAUACAACCCCUAUACCACCCGGCCUAACCGUCGGGGUGAUACGUGGCAUGAUCGAGAUCGCAUUCAUGUUACCGUGCGGAGAGACAGAGCUCCUUCAGAGAGAGGAGGAGCUGGCACCAGCCAGGAUGGGACCUCAAAGAACUGGUUCAAAAUUACAAUUCCUUAUGGCAAAAAGUAUGACAAAGCAUGGCUCCUGAGCAUGAUUCAGAGCAAGUGCAGUGUGCCCUUCACCCCUAUUGAGUUUCACUAUGAGAAUACACGGGCCCAGUUCUUUGUUGAGGACGCCAGUACUGCCUCUGCAUUGAAAGCUAUCAACUAUAAGAUUUUGGAUCGGGAGAACCGAAGGAUAUCUAUCAUCAUCAACUCCUCUGCUCCGCCCCCCACUAUACUGAAUGAACUGAAGCCAGAACAAGUAGAACAGCUAAAGCUGAUCAUGAGCAAACGAUAUGAUGGCUCCCAACAAGCCCUUGACCUCAAGGGCCUUCGUUCAGACCCAGAUUUGGUGGCCCAGAACAUUGAUGUUGUCCUGAACCGCAGAAGCUGUAUGGCAGCUACCCUGAGAAUCAUUGAAGAGAACAUCCCUGAGCUGUUGUCCUUGAACUUGAGCAACAACAGGCUAUACAGGCUGGAUGACAUGUCUAGCAUUGUGCAGAAGGCACCCAACCUGAAGAUCCUAAACCUUUCUGGAAAUGAAUUGAAGUCUGAGCGGGAGUUGGACAAGAUAAAGGGGCUGAAGCUAGAAGAGCUGUGGCUCGACGGAAACUCCCUGUGUGACACCUUCCGAGACCAGUCCACCUACAUCAGCGCCAUUCGUGAACGAUUUCCCAAGUUAUUACGCCUGGAUGGCCAUGAGCUACCCCCACCAAUUGCCUUUGAUAUUGAACCCCCCACGACGUUACCGCCCUGUAAGGGAAGCUAUUUUGGAACAGAAAACUUGAAGAGUCUGGUCCUGCACUUCCUACAGCAGUACUAUGCUAUUUAUGACUCUGGAGACCGGCAAGGGCUCCUAGAUGCCUACCAUGAUGGGGCCUGUUGUUCCCUGAGCAUUCCUUUCAUUCCUCAAAACCCUGCCCGAAGCAACUUGGCUGAGUAUUUCAAGGAUAGCAGAAAUGUGAAGAAGCUUAAAGACCCUACCUUGCGGUUCCGGCUAUUGAAGCACACGCGUCUCAACGUUGUUGCCUUCCUCAACGAAUUGCCCAAAACCCAGCACGACGUCAAUUCCUUUGUGGUAGACAUAAGCGCCCAGACUAGCACACUGCUGUGUUUUUCUGUCAAUGGGGUCUUCAAGGAAGUGGAUGGAAAGUCCCGAGAUUCUUUGCGAGCCUUCACCCGGACAUUCAUUGCUGUUCCUGCUACCAAUUCAGGGCUGUGUAUUGUAAACGACGAGCUAUUUGUGCGGAAUGCAAGUUCUGAAGAGAUCCAAAGAGCCUUCGCUAUGCCUGCACCCACGCCUUCCUCCAGCCCAGUACCCACCCUCUCUCCAGAGCAGCAAGAAAUGUUGCAGGCAUUCUCUACCCAGUCUGGCAUGAACCUCGAGUGGUCCCAGAAGUGCCUUCAGGACAACAACUGGGACUACACCAGAUCUGCCCAGGCCUUCACUCAUCUCAAGGCCAAGGGCGAGAUCCCAGAAGUGGCAUUCAUGAAGUGAUGGUAGUCAUGCCCCAGAAGCAGCCCCUCUGUAAAUAGCCGUUGGAUAUUACUAUCUGGUUGUCAUCUGUCAUCUCCUCCUGUCUGGCCCAAGGCUGCCCUGUGACUGUGACCGAGGAGGGAGGGCUGCUGGAUCCUUCUCACCUGCCUUCUCGAAGACUUCAGAAGAUUGAGCCUCAUUGGUGCCAGGAAGCCAAAGCUUACUUUGUAGAACUGACACUAAACUACCCGAAGGACUUAGGUGCUUUGUGUACUUAACCCCAGGACCUCCUUACUUUUUAAGAUAAACAGUGAUGUUGUAUUUUG